UAAAGUCAAGCUAACUUUGCGGCAGUGAUGGUGGUGGAGAAGCUCGCUCUCAACACUGUACAGUAUAUCGGCUCCUUUACAUCAUAUUACCGGGAUAUUCACCAAGAAAAUCAUGUUAACGGAAGAGUGGAACUUUGCCACUAAGAUCAAGCAUGGCCAAGCAGGACAAGAGGUGGUGAUGGACAGUAAUCUGUUCAGUAUAACCGCCAUCGACCACAGAGCUAUCAUCGUUGCAUACCGUCUGGUUAUAACUGAGGAUAUGAACCCUAACCCUGACCUCUCAUUCAAAAUUACAAGUGAGGUUGUGGAAAACAUGAGGAAGGAUUUUCCUGAGGUAUUCGGUGAGCGGCUUCUCGUUUGCAUCUCGUCAACAACUGCAUUUAGUUUUGGGUUGAUCCCUGAUAUUGAAUGCACUGAGUUUUUAGUGUGGCAUACAGAUGAAAAUAACAGGAAGAGGUUAUUUAAGGUGCAUCUGAAGAAGAAGAAGAAUAAUAAUGAGGUGCGUGUUAAGAAACUGCUGCGGGCCCUUCAGGAUACACCAGUCUCCUCUUACCAGCACCCCCUCUCCAUCCUGAAGGUACUGUAUUUAGUACUACCCUCAUGUACUUUACGCCCUUGAUAGUGAGACAAAUACUGUUCACUUCAGCCUUAUAUCCCCAAAAGUGUCACCAAUUA